GGAGCAUCGUCGCCACCAUUUUCCCCCAAAAAGUUGAGUCGCAGCCUCCAUUACUGAACUGUCUUCAAUCUCCGUCUUCCAGCCACUCCGCAGGGCGUGACUGGAGAUCAAAAAACACUAAUUUAGGGUUCUUCAACCAUUACAUCUGAACAUGUGGCGGAGAGUCUCUUCUCACCUUAAAUCCCUAGCUACACUCUCCGCUUCUCCUUCCCGAUCUGCCCCAUCGCCGCCGGAUUCACUUUCAACAAUUUCUUCUCGUCUCUCUCCAUCGUCCUAUUUUCUCAGCCGCCACUUCAGCACCGAGUCUGGGGAUAAUGUGGUUAAAAAGAAGGUCGAGGAUGUAAUGCCUAUAGCUACUGGGCAUGAGCGCGAGGAGCUUGAGGCCGAGCUUGAGGGAAGGAAGCUUCUCGAUAUAGACUAUCCCGAAGGUCCUUUUGGCACAAAGGAAGCACCUGCUGUCAUCAAGUCUUACUAUGACAAAAGAAUAGUUGGAUGCCCAGGAGGUGAAGGCGAGGAUGAGCAUGAUGUAGUCUGGUUUUGGCUGGAAAAAGGCAAGCCCCAUGAAUGUCCAGUUUGCUCACAGUAUUUUGUGCUGGAAGUGGUGGGACCCGGAGGACCACCUGAUGGGCAUGGCGAUGACGACGAAGAUGAACACCAUUGAUAUCAUCGUGGAAAUUUCCGUCUGGAAUAAAUUCUGGAACGAUGGAGAGACAAUGUUUAGCAUACUUUGAAGCCUUUUAAAAAUCAUGAGGCUUUUGUGUUUUUGUUGGUUUUUUAAUUGGUCUAUACCCUCUUCGAUCUUUCAACUUUUGGGAGAGGUACUUUUCUGUGAUUAUUCAGACAUAGGCUGGUCAUUUCCUGGUGUUAUGAGGUCAGUGUUAGAUGAUCAUUUGUGCGGUGCCAAAUAAUUGAUAGCAACUCAUAUUUCCAUUCCAAAUUUUCGAACCUUCAGCCUCUUGUCACCUAAAUUACGAAAGGGGCGAAAGGGAUCGUUUAGUCGAAGAAUCAUUUUCAAGUGAAGCCGUUAGCGCAGUAAUCUUAGCAUGGAUUAUUUCUAA